GAACUCUUUAACCUACGGUAUUCCUUACUACGCAAUAUUGUUAAACGAGUGUUUAGCGUACUAAAACAACGGUUCUAUAUACUUAAGAAGCGUCCUCGAUAUAAUAGGGCUAUACAGAUACAAUUGGUAUAUACUCUAUAUACGCUAUAUAACUUUAUCCAG